AUGCCCCACCCCGCCCUACUUGUCAAGGGCCCACGCCUUAUUGACAAUAGGGGGCAAUUGGUGGUGCUCGUCUCCAUAGCGGCGGAGAUAUUAUGCGUUGGGUCGGCGGAGUGGGGUGAGUCAGCACUUACAAAUUACCGAGUCGAGGUUAGUGAGAAGCACUACUACUCCUGGCUUGAGGCAGCACAACUGAGCGAAACUCUCACUCUUUGGAAAGUUGUCCGAGAUCUAUGGGAUCCUGAUGCUAACCCUUCAGGUUUCCUUAACCUUGGCAUCGCAGAGAACUCUCUGAUGCAUGAUAUAUUAUCCCGUCAUGUCCACCAGAAUAUCAACCUUCCCAACACAACUUUUACAUAUGGUGAUGGGACUGUCGGUUCAAAACGCUUGAGAGAGGCUAUUGCCUUCCUUCUUGGCCAGCCAUAUUGGGGCACCUUUGUCCCCGACCUCACCUUGAGGUUCGGUGCUCAGCUACUGCCUGUCCCAUUCCAUAAUAUCGAUCCCCUCGAAGAUGGUUGUGUUCAAAAGUAUAAAGAUGUGAUACUUGAGGCUCAUUCGAGGGGACAAAAGGUCGCAGGACUUGUGAUCUGCAACCCACAUAAUCCUCUCGGGCGCUGCUACUCUAAAGAGGUCUUGAUCAGUCUCAUGUAUCUUUGCGAAGAGUACCAACUUCAUCUGAUAAGCGACGAGAUCUAUGCCUUAUCUGUUUGGUCGAAUGACAUAGAUGAUAAUGGCCCUGCCCCAGUUCCCUUUACAUCUAUCCUUUCUAUUGAUCCCGGAGGCAUCAUCGACCCGGCCCGCAUCCAUGUUGUCUGGGGCAUGUCCAAGGAUUUUGGCGCAAGCGGCCUCCGUGUCGGUUCAUUUAUUUCACAAUCAAACGAGAUACUUCACAAAGCCAUGACUCCGGUUGGUCUUUACACUUAUGUGUCAGCGGCAUCCGACCAUAUCGCAGCCAAUAUUCUCGAAGAUAGUCUGUGGACAGACGCGUAUAUCGUCGAGAAUCAGAAGCGACUUUCGAAACAAUACGAAUUCGUCAUCCGGUGGGCAAGAGAUCACCACAUUUCACACGCUCCUGGAGUGAACGCUGCCUUCUUUGUUUGGCUGGAUCUUGGCUCAUACUAUCAACGCAAUCACCUAGAGAUGUAUGUCAAACAAUCUCAUCAUAUAACAAAAGCAUUGUUAGAGAAGAAAGUGUUUCUAGCGUCAGGGGCAGAUUUUGGUUCAGAGAAGCCGGGAUGGUUUCGCAUCGUCUUCGCUCAUGAAGAUCACUAUUUGCAAGAAGUAUUAACUAGGAUAAUUGCGGCGCUUGAAGCUGCAUGA